CGUUGACGCUGGUAAGAGACCAUUACAUCCGAACGCGGUGGCACACCGCCUCCUCCAAACCUCGUCUACGGCGGCACGGAGUCCGUAGCCGCGGCGGGUUUAGUUACCGCGAUUCGAGUAUAAGACGUUUUCAUGGUUUCCUAUUUUUCCGGUCAAACACGCCUUUCUCUUCAUUCCCGCUCGACGCAAACCCUAACCCUAACCCUAACCCUAACCCUUCACGAUCUCGGCCGCAACCCUAAUCGAGCGCAGGAGAGGAGCCGUCCAUGGCUGCGGAGCCGCGGAAGCGGUGCCUCUACGAGGUCCUCGGUGUUCAGCGAGAUUGCUCCCAGGAGGAGAUCCGCUCCGCUUACAAACGCCUCGCCCUCCAGCUCCAUCCCGACAAGGUCGCUGCCUCGGGCACCGUCGACGCAACCUCCGCCACCGCCGCGUUUCAGGAGCUCCUCCACGCCUAUGAGGUCCUCUCCGACCCGAAGGAGCGUGCCUGGUACGACUCUCAUCGCUCCCAGAUCCUAUUUUCCGACCCCUCCGCCGCCUCCAAGUCUCACCGGCCCUCCGCCUUCUUUGACCUCGAUCUAUUCUCUUUCUUCUCCAACUCCGUCUUUUCCGGCUACUCUGACUCCGGCAAGGGCUUCUACAAGGUCUAUGGCGACCUCUUCGCUAAGGUCUACGCCCAGGAGAUAUGGUUUGCAAAGGAAUUGGGUUUGGGAGCCGAUGCCGUGACUCCUGCUCCCCUUAUUGGUAAUCUGGAAUGUCCGUAUACACAAGUUACUGCCUUCUACAGUUAUUGGCUCGGAUUCUGCACGGUGAUGGACUUUGGAUGGGUAGACGAGUACGAUGCUUCAAUGGGACCUAACCGGAGGACAAGACGUGCAAUGGAGGACGAGAACAAGAAAUUAAGGAAGAAGGCAAGGAGAGAAUACAAUGAUACAGUCCGGGGACUUGCAGCAUUUGUGAAGAAACGGGAUAAGAGGGUGGUUGAUAUGAUGGUAAAGAAGAAAUUGGCCGAAGAGAAGCAUCGAGCAGAGGAGAAAGCAAGGAAGAAGGAGGAGGAAAGGAAGAAGAUGGAGAAGGCAAAGCUAUUUGAAGAGCCCGAGUGGACACAGAGUAACGAGCAGGAGGAUGACUUCCAUGAGUUGGAAGAUGAUGAUGAUGAUCAUAAAAAGAAGGGCAGGGAGGAGUUCUAUUGUGUGGUGUGCAAUAAGAAGUUUAAGUCAGAUAAGCAGUGGAAGAAUCAUGAGCAGUCAAAGAAGCACAAGGAUAAGGUUGCAGAACUGAGGAUGGCAUUCAAGGAGGAGGAUGAAGAGUUUUUAGAAGAGGAGGGUGACGUUGAAGUCCAUGUGAGCUUUGAUUAUGAACCUCCAGAGUCAGAGGACAGCGAUGUGGUUGAGGAGUUUUCUGAUAAGUUAAGGGAAGAUUUAGAAUUGCCAGAGUCUAAUGAUGAUGCUGAGCAUCUAGGGGAGAGGGAUGAUGAAGCUAGCAUUUUGGAAGCAAUGGUAGCAGGGCGUAAGAAUAGGAAAAAUAACUCUUUGAAACAGCAUGAUUCAUCAUUGAAUGACAUUUAUCAUCCUGAUAAUGGUGAGCAAAGCAGCAUGGACUAUGUUAGCCAAAGAAGAGGCCGUAGGCAUCGAACAUCAAGAACAGGGACCAGCAAAGCUGAUUCUGAAGUUAAGAAGGAGAGGGGUGAAACUAGUAGGGAGGAUACUGAGGUUAAAAACCAUGAAACAAGCACAGAGUAUCACAAUGAGGCUUCUUCCUUAUUAGUUGAGGAGACAACUGUGAUUAAUAAAAAGGAUCGGCCUACAGGAAAGAAUCAGAAGUCCAAAAAACAACAGGUAGAUGGCAAAGGUGCAGGAAAGAAAGUUGCACCUGCUGACACAAACAACUUACCAAAAGGAAGGAAACAAAAGGCUAAUUCAAAAGCGCCGAGUAAUGCAUGUGAGACAUGUGGGGAGACCUUUGAAACAAGGAAUAAAUUGUUUGCACAUUUGGGCGACACUGGCCAUGCUUCUCUCAAGUCAAGGUGACUUGUUGGAUCAAGCAACUAUAUUUGUGAGUAAUUGAUGACAAUUUUUUCCAGAGGUUAUUGGCCUUGCUUUGCGAGCAUAACUUUACUCUGUAUGAAGGGCUUGUAGGGAUAUUUAUACAAGCCGAUACGAACUGGACCGCAAUUUUGGGGAUUUCAGAAAUGUGCAGCGAGAUAUCUUUUCUUGAGAACUGAUAGCUGGAUGUUGUUUUUUCAAUAAGUGAAAUAGAAAAGAAAAGUUGAUGGUAAAGUGUGGAAAAACAGAAGGCACUGUCAUUCUCAAAUCAGAGUUAUAUUGUUUGUCUAAGCAGUUUAAGUCAAUCAAAUCGGUAUUCAUUGUUUUAUUUUUCCAUAUUGGAUUUUCCGGGGAUGUGUGUGUGUGUAAACUCCUCUAUGAUAAAGAUCUUUACCAGUGGCAAUCUUUAUUUAUUUGUUUA